AUGUACUCCGUCCCCGUUGGUAGAAGAGCUUGGUCACUCACAUCUUCAAAUAUGGCUGUGGGCUUAGGAGGACGACAAGCGGCCGACGAGGAAGCAAGAGCCGAAGUCGAUGUAUUGAAAAGUCGAUUGGAAAAGACGAGUCAAUUGACCAAGAAAAUUCAAGCAAGUUUGGGGAGAUUAGAUGCGACGGGAAAGGGGGUGCAAGAAGCUAUUGGGCCAAUCUAUGGUAAUACUCAAAAGCUUCAAAUUUUAGGCCAGAAUAUCGAUGGAGUUAUCGCGGCAAUCGACAGAGUACGACAACCAUCAGAUAUCAAAAGCAAUGAAGAGGACAUCAUUAGGAAAGGCCCCGAAGCGGUCGGAUUGGCGGUUUUCCUCAGUUCUGUUAAGCGUGUCAAUAAAGCUCUCGCCGAUAUGAAACGAUCGAAUCUACGAUCGAAUCAACAAGCUAUGGUUGAGCUUAGCAAAUUAUCAAAGUCGGGAAAUACACAAUUGGAAUCAUAUUUUCAAGGACUUCUCCAAGAAGAUUCUCAACCACUCGAACCUUUACACUAUAUUACCAAGAAUCAACCAUUUCCUCUAUUGUCUCAAGAUAAAACCACGAGGUUGGGUCUUAUUACAAAUUAUAUUGGCUCAGUCGUUAGACAAUCUGGAUUUGUGACGGAAUCGCCGGUUAUGCAAUCAUAUGCAAGCGUUCGGGGACCUUUUCUGAAAACCACGUUACAAAAUCUCGCGUCAGCAUCGAUGAAUACCGCAAAGAAGAAGACGCCGGAUGCUAUGUAUCGACAAGGAACUAAUGGAAUUGGAACAUAUGCGAUGGGUAUGGAAGGCGCAUUUUUGGCGGAAUACGAUAAUAUAUGCGCUCUUUUCACUCGCGAUGAAUGGGGGAAAGUUUUCAAUUUGACUUGUCAAGGAGCCAUUGCAGAAUUAUCACGAACCCUUCGAGAAUUAAACAACCACAUCAAGUCAAAUAUAACGACGGACUGUUACCUUGCUUUUGAGAUUGUUGAAAUUAUUUCAAAUCUCUCUUCAAAUCUGGAAAGUAGGACAGGAGAGUUGAAACCUUCCUUUGCAUCAGCUCUUAAGCCAAUAAGAGAAACCGCCAAAGGCUCAUUAGCCGAACUCCUGGAUGAUACUCGACGAAGAAUUAACCUCCUACAGACUCUACCUCCCGAUGCCGCCACGGUUCCAAUGACUACCGAAACCAUGAUGCGAUUACAGACUAUGGUUGAAUUCCUUCGACCAGUUUCAAGUAUUAUGAUCUCCAUCGGUGAUGGUGGUUGGAAAUCUAGUGCAACUCCUCAAGGUUCAACCGACCAAAUCCCUAAUCUUAAAUCUUUCGAUGUUAAUGCAGAUGGAAAACAAAUUUUCGCACACUACUGCAUUGACACAAUCGAAGCUCUUCUUUCGAGUUUGGAUCAAAAAGCGAAAGCAUUACUCAAAGGUGGUAAGCCUGCUUUAGGAAUUUUCAUUGCAAACAAUGCAACGAUUGUGAAGCGCAUGAUUGAAACGAGUGAUUUAAAUGGGUUACUAGCACCAAAAAUGGGAGAGGUAGAAAAAUGGAUCAAAUCGGGCACAACUCUUUACUCAGCUGCAUGGCGUGAGCCAUCCGGUUAUUUACUGGACGUUCAAUACACAAACCGUGGUAAUGCACGCCCACAGUCUGGCUCCGGCAAUACUGGUAUCGAUAGCGCAGCAGUUGUCAAAGCUCUGGGUUCCAAAGAGAAAGAUCAAAUCAAGGAGAAAUUCAAGAUGUUUAAUCAAUCUUUUGAUGAUUUGAUACAGAAACAUAAGUCAUUGAUGAUGGAGAGAGAAGUUAGAGAACUUUUGGCAAGACAGAUUUCAAGCUUGAUAAAACCAUUAUAUGAUCGAUUUUAUGAUAAGUAUUAUGAAAUUGAUAAGGGGAAGGGGAAGUAUGUCAAGUGGGACAAAGCUGCUAUGAAUGCUGUCUUUCUCAGUCUGGCAUGA